UGUCAGCUCAUGUCUGCAAAGUGCAGCAGCGGGAGGUACACUGCUAGUGUAGUAACCCUAGACAUAUAUGUUUUUUCCCCUCGAGCUAUUCCAGCACAUCCACUAAAUUAAUUACCAUAUAUCCAGCUCCUCCUAUUAUCACAAGCCCUAGAACUUUCCUGGCCUAGCUCUUACCUUUCAGACUUCAAACCGCACUUCUUCUUCUUUCAUCUUCUUCUUCCCUUUUCUCCACUAUGAACCUAGAAGAGAAAGUUACAAUGGACUUGGUUCCACCAUCAGAGCAUCUCUGCUAUGUCCGGUGCAACUUCUGCUACACUGUUCUUGCGGUUGGGAUUCCAAUCAAGAGGUUACUGGACACAGUGACUGUCAAAUGUGGUCACUGCAGUAACCUUUCUUUUAUCAGCACCAGAGCUCCACUCCAAGGCCAAUGUCUUGACCUCCCACUCUCCCUUCAGAAGCAGGGCUUUUGCAAUGAUUUCAGAAAGGGCCAAUCCUCUUCAUCGUCCUCAUCAACAAGCGAGCCGUUGUCUCCCAAAGCACCCUUUGUUGUGAAACCGCCUGAGAAGAAACACAGGCUUCCAUCUGCUUACAACCGAUUCAUGAAGGAGGAGAUACAGCGCAUCAAAUCUGCUAACCCUGAGAUACCACAUCGAGAAGCUUUUAGCACGGCAGCAAAAAAUUGGGCUAGGUACAUUCCAAAUUCAGCAGCUGGAUCAGUUUCUGGUGGCACAAAUAAUUAAUGGAUGAUGUAAAAUAUUUCCAAUCGAUUACAAUAUUGCAGUGACAGUUGUACUGGACAUGCGCGCAAUUGGGAAGUAGCAGCAGCAGUAGUAGUAAUAGUUGAGAUCAGCAUGCAGAUUAGAUCGUUAAUUUGAUUUAGCUCUAGCUAGCUAGCUAGCAUGCAUGCAGCUUUAUGUACUAUGUCUCAAACUUGAUUUGAUGAUGAUCUGGUUGUCACUUGAUUUUAUAUCAUGCUGGCCUGCCUGAUGGUAUUUAA